GCUUGGAUCGUCAGCCAUUGAAUUCAACCGUCGGUCGAGGAGGAGGAAUCGUGAAUACAUGAGAACCAAACCAGGGUCACCUUUCUGGUUUUUACCCAUUUAGACUCUUUCUAGGAAAACAAGCUGUGUUUCUCAGAGUGGAUGUGGUGCUAGUCGUUCUUCGGUAGCUUCUGUUUCCACUUGGCCCGCCUGUCAAGCUACAUAUUGAGCGACAUAUGAGAGUGACAGCAGGGUGUUGUUAGCUGCUCGGUGAUAAUAAGAGAUAACCCGGGGCUGUCAGGCGCAGAUAAAACGCACAAUAACGGUUAAAACUCGAGGAUGUAGCGGGGAGAGGCGCUACAACUGAACACUAUGGAUACGGUGCGUUGACCUACCGACUUGGGGACUAACCAUGCUUCUACAAGUGGACUUACUCAACAACAAACACCUGGACUCCAUUUAUCACUGAUUUACUAACUAGGAAAAUACUCUUUUUUUUUUGGAGCUUGUAUUAACAGUUAAACUCAGACGAUGCGGCUUUUAAACCGCAUGUCAAGGUGCUCUCAUGGAGUAUCCAAAUUCAAGCUAACACAGCCGAGGAUGUUGUGGCUGGAUCACCGGCUAACUCUCUCAGCCGCCCCCCGGAGGAAGAGGCAGUUUACCGGGGUCAAGUCCUCAGCCCACCCGGCCUUCCCUCUCUGCUCCCCGGGGCUCUUCGUGUCCGUCCUGCCCUGCAGUCCCCUCAGAGGUCUCUCCAUUCUCUGUCCACACACACGGACAGUCACACACACACAUGUUGCCUUUGCCAGCUCUUCGGCCGCCUCCACACCGACACCAGCCGGACAAGUGAAGACCCAGGCGGACACAGAGGGCGAACAGACCUCCACCACGGUCCCUCUGGAGGAUGUGAAAAGGAUUUUGAAACUAGCUCACCCGGAGAGAUGGAAACUGGCAGCUGCUCUUGGCUUCCUGACUGUAUCCAGUGGAGUUACCAUGUCAGCCCCAUUCCUCCUGGGUAAAGUGAUUGACACCAUUUAUACUGCUGGAGCAGACACAGAGACAAUGACCGCCUCCCUCACAUCAUUAUGUAUCAUGAUGACGGGGGUGUUCCUCUGUGGAGGGGCUGCCAACGCUGCCAGAGUCUACCUCAUGCAGACAUCAGGCCAACAGAUUGUUCGUAAUCUCCGUGCCUCCCUCUUCUCCUCCAUCCUCAGACAGGAAGUGGCUUUUUUUGACAGGAAUAGGACCGGAGAGCUUAUCAACCGCCUCUCUGCUGACACGGCCGUGGUGGGCCGCUCCAUCACCGACAACCUGUCCGACGGGCUGAGAGCCGUUGCCCAGGCCGCCGCUGGAGUCAGUAUGAUGUUUUAUGUCUCUCCCAGUCUUGCAAGUUUCGUGUUGCUGAUUGUUCCUCCUCUGGCUGCUCUUGCUGUGGUUUAUGGCAGAUACCUUCGCUCCAUCUCCAAAAGCACACAGGACGCACUCGCACAAGCCACAGAGUUGGCAGAGGAGCGUAUCAGCAACAUGCGGACAGUCAGGGCUUUUGGCAAAGAGCUGUCUGAGGUCAACACAUACACAGAGAAGACAGACCAGGUCCUCAAGCUGGCCAGGAAGGAAGCUGUACUACGGGCUGGCUUCUUUGGAGUGACCGGGCUCAGUGGGAACAUCAUGAUCCUGUCAGUGCUCUACAAGGGAGGCCUGCUGAUGGCCAGCCAGCACAUGACUGUGGGGGAGCUGUCAGCCUUCCUCAUGUACACCUUCUGGGUGGGCAUCAGUAUUGCAGGUCUGAGUUCCUUCUACUCUGAGCUGAUGAAAGGAUUCGGAGCAGGAUCUAGACUGUGGGAGCUGCUGGACCGAAAACCAGAGUUUCCUCUUAAUGAGGGUCUCAUGCUCUCUGCAGACCAGCUGAAAGGGCGGUUGGAGUUCUCUGAGGUCUCCUUUGCCUACCCGACCCGCACUGAGGCCCCUAUCUUCCAGGACCUCAGCCUGCUGGUCCCCGCGGGCACCGUCAUGGCCGUGGUGGGACCCAGCGGCUCGGGGAAAUCCACCCUGGUGUCCCUGCUGCUCCGGCUGUACGACUGCAACUCUGGUACUAUAACAAUCGAUGGUCACGACAUCAGAGAUCUGAAUCCCUAUUGGCUCAGGAGUCACAUUGGAACUGUCAGCCAGGAGCCCGUGCUGUUUUCCUACUCUAUAAGAGAUAAUAUAGCUUACGGUGCAGUGGACCCAGAAGCUGUGACCACAGAGGAAAUCUACGGGGCAGCAAGAGCCGCCAACGCCUUCAACUUCAUCCAGGAUUUCCCCAACGGCUUCAACACUGUGGUGGGGGAGAAGGGGGUGCUGCUGUCAGGUGGUCAGAAGCAGAGGAUAGCCAUAGCCAGGGCUCUGCUCAAGAAUCCUAAGAUCCUGCUGUUAGAUGAGGCUACCAGUGCAUUGGAUGCUGAGAAUGAGUUCCUGGUCCAGGAGGCGUUGGAGCGUCUGAUGACAGGGAGGACGGUCGUGAUCAUCGCUCACCGUCUGUCCACCAUCCAGAACGCUAACGCCGUGGCUGUUCUGGACCAGCGGCGUAUCGCAGAGUGUGGCCAGCACACAGAGCUGCUAGGCAACAGGCAAGGACUGUUCAGAAAGCUGAUGGAGAAGCAGGCGUUUCUACAGGUGAAGCAGAAACGUGCCCUCCGCUGAGAGGACAGUGAGUAGUAGGAGACGAGGAAGAGGGAAAAUCCUCAGGCGAGGUCAGUGCCUGGGGAAAUAAGUGGCUUUGCCCCAGAGGCGAUGGGGCAGAGGGGAAAAAAGGAUAUUGCCUGGAAUUAAUAGAGAUGGAGAAAAUAAAUGAAGAAAACACUUCAGAUGAACACUAGAGACAAAGAUAGAAAACCACUAAGAAACAUUUAAGGGAUUUCUUAAAUGCUGCAAGAGUCUUUUCACUGCUGAAGAAACUAUAAAGCGCCACAGGAGGAAAGGAAUCGGACAGGGUAAUUCACAGCGAAGACCUAAGAACUGAAACAUGGAUCAGCGAGCUUAUACAGAUGCUUUAUUUUGAAUAUAUAUAAUACUACACUGAGGUCUAAAUGAGAGAGGAGAGGAGACAUAAUGAAGACAGACUCUCCUCACAAAUGUCAUUCAUCACUUUCACCAUAGUUUUGGGACAUGCAUAUAGUUGCUGAAUGUUAAUGUGACAGAUCUGACUUUCACUCUCUCUGCUUUUUUUACUAGUCUGUUAUCACUUCAUGAUUUUCAAACCAAAAACAGUUCAGUAUCAUCCUUACAUAACUGCUAAAUGUUUUUAUGUGUCUACAUAUUAUGGAUUUUAAAACUUGAAGCUUACACGCAGAGCCUUUUGGUAGUCAUUUCUUUGUGUAAACGAACUAAAUGAAGCACCUAUGUGAACACUAUAAGGACUUUUAUAAAUGUAUGCACAUUCACCAUGAAAAGAUUAUUAAGGAUUGUGCUUAAAUUCCAGCUAAGUGGCGUACAUCUAAAUCAAGGAUUUUGUCUCAUUUAAUCAUAUGUUAGGAUUUGUUUGACAAUAUGUUUGGAUUAAACAUUUGUCUUGCUUUGUUUUAAAGGGAUAAUUCGCAUUGCUUAAAGUGUUGUUGGUACUUAUCCAUUGUCAGGUUAUUACCUACAGUGGAUUAUGGGCGGCACACUCAUAGUUUGGAGAAUCAGACACAGACUUGGAAGCAAAGGUAUGUAGUGCAGACAGGGGCAGCAGCUAAAUGUAUUUCACACAAUAACAUGAACUCACUUACUGGUCCAGGCAGCAGUAGACCAACCCACAUGUUCUUUUUCAAAGCACUAGGUAGCCUAUCAGAGAACAUAGAUAACAGGGGGCUGUCUGACAAAAGUAAAGCCGUGACGUAUUCUAUAUAUAACGCACACUUAAACAAAUAUUGUUUUUUUUUAGCUGGGCCUUUCUGAGUGGCUAUGAUACUGUGUGUUUUGCUGUUGCCCUCCGUCCAAAGCAGUGUCUCCCAUCACUCUAGCGCUGUUUGGCUCUUUAAACUGGUUGCCUGUCGUCUACCAUCUGCUGUGGGUCAUACACUGACUUUGGAUAAGUACCUCAACAACCGCUCUUAAAAAAAGCUAAACAAUCCCUUUUCAGUGACAGCCCUGAAACUGCUAAACUUAACCGUCUUUAGAUGUCAAGAUCAAAUGUGUACUUUGGGAAGUUCAUAGAAGUCUGUUAAACCGCCUCUUUUCUGGUAGAGGUGUUGCUGUUCUUGGGGACGAAGGGUGAGCACAUAAGAGACAUGUCAUUCAAAUCAGAGGUGGUCUAUGUGCCAUAAUCACUCCUCUCUUAACAAUUAUCUCAUUAUCUAAAGCCCCUAAUCCCUUCAUCUUUUAUUGUCUCCAGUAAUCCUAGUCAGCUUUCUCUGUCCAAUAUAUUAAUGGUGGAAAAACAGAAACCAACGUAAUAAAAACAUUAGACUCCACUCUGUCCGCUGCUCGGUGUUUACAGGAUGUGCACUUGGCCGGCAUUAGAUUUUAUGUAAACAGCCCUCUAACCAAGCACACGUUAGCCACAGCGCUGUGGAGCCAGCUGUAAUAUUUAGCUGGCUUUAAGGGCUUGACUCAGAAGUAAUGAUUCUCCUCAGUAAAUAUUUGUAUGUUAACAGCCCACUUCACCGCUCAGGGGGAGUCUGGCCGAGUGCUUAAAGUUCCCAACAGUUUUUAAAGUGACUGUGGAAUGGUGUUUUGAAGACCACGAACCCCGUUAUCCAACGAUUGAAUUCAUUUCUGUGAUGAAAACUAAAUGAAAUUGUUAUUUUGGAUCGGAUUAUUAUCUCAAGGGAAAAAUUCCUGUUAAGUGUGUUAUUGUUAAUCAUUCCAAAAUCCAAGAGGAAACUCAUCUCUGAUUCCACAUUCAAAGGAAAACAUUUGCUCAGAAACCAUCCAAUCUGCAAAACUUCCUUCAGUUACAGACAGUGUUUACUGGUUUGGGUUAACUGCAGUUAUUCCAUGGCUCAAACGUUUUUAUUUUCUUCUCAAAUGACAAGACUGCAACCUGUGUGAUUUUCCGUUCUUUUGUUUGACAGAGGUUAGAAACUUGAAUCAUUGUGAACGUUUCUUCAUUUUCAAGAUUUGAAGGCAGUGAUGUGUAAUAUUCAAACAAUGGAUACAUGAAUACAUUGAUCAUUGGUAACGAUCCAAUUGGCCAUAUACAUGCUUACUAACGUGUGAUAGUAAUCGCUCUCUGGAUGUAUACAUGUAGAGUUUUAUAUAUGUAUUACACUGUGGCAGCAACGUGUGAUCUCUGUUAACUAUGGAUAGUUUUCAUGUUUUUUCUUUUGGCCAUGACGCUUAUUAUUUCGCCUCAAAGUAAAGUAUUUCUUAUUUACUUGACUUGCAAUAGAUUUACUCCCAACAUGUUAGUCUUCUUUAAAUUAAAUUAUAUUUUGAUAUGAUGCCUUUAUCAUUGUGUGUGAACAUCACAGGUCCAGACUUGUGUUGUGGUUCUUGUGGAAAUGUGUUUGUUAUAUCACCAUACCCUGCACAUUCAAAUUAAAUAAUGCUUUAACAUGCUUUGUUAAAAAUCACUCACUCCGUAAAGUAAACCCUGACGAUGCUUGAACAAAUGAAUGAUGGAUCCAUGUCGUUUAAAUAAUCACAGAAGACUCAAAGGUUGUUUUUUCAACUUGUAUAAGUUAUAAAUAAUAUGUCCGAAAUGAUGUAUGAAAGUUUUUUUUUAUUAUUGUGUUUGUAAAUUAUUCUACCUCUAUGUAAAGGUAAAUAAAGUGAGAUAUGAAUAGUUUUAUUAA